CUUCAUGCGUAACAUUACUUCCAGAGUUUUGAAAUCUAUCAAAAUGUUCGACCGUUCUUGUGGUGUUUAAGGGACAAUUAUCAUUAAUUAUAUCAGGAUACAAAGUAACAGUAUGAUGACGUUAAAGAUUGUAGUUGCUGUAAUUUCCUUUUUUACCGUAAAUGUGUUUGGAGAAAACGAGAAACAUUGUCCGGUAUCUGCAUUGACAAAACAUUUUCAUGUUCGACAAACUUACCCUGCUGUGAAAGAUUUUAUUCCUCAUGGAACCACAUUGACAGUUAAAUGCAAAUCUACAAGAGAAUUUUCUUGGGCUUUUUGCCAGAGCGGCCAAUGGACAGUAGAAGAUAAAGAAUGUUCUUCAACAAUUACCAAAGAGCUAGCAAAACCUUUAAAAAGAAGAAAACGUUUUUUCUUCCUUGGAUUAAUUGUCAGAUUUGUUGCCAGAUUUGUUAGCAGUAUAUUCAGUAAUCCUAGACCAAGACCAAGAGAUACAACUAGACCACAGAUAAGAAAUUGUCCACCUGACAGAACAGUAACAGCUAUUCCAAUUCAGCUCCAUGCCUUUGUUGACUGGACACCUCCUUCAGCAUGGGAUAACAGAGACGGACAAAUUAGCGUUCAUAUGAAUGGGCCUUAUAGAUCGGGUGGUCCAUUUUUUGAACGAGAUGGUAGACCCACUACAGUUGGCUAUUAUGCUCGAGAUCAAGCAGGCAAUAUGGCAACAUGCAACUUUAACAUUUAUGUCAAAGUCAUACGAUGUCCAGUGCGUUCGAGCACCAUACCAGAUGGAUAUAGAGUCUGUCAUCCGAGCAGUGAUAUGGUAUUAGGAACAGUCUGUUGGUAUGGCUGUUACCAAGGACAUAUACUAAAGGGAGCACCAUCAAGAAUAGAAUGUUUAGAAACAGGUCAAUGGUCAAGUCAAAAUGAGCCAUAUUGUGAAAAAAAACAGUGUUCACCAAUUGUACAACGUGGUCAGCUAAGUUUUUCGUGUACAGCAGAUUUUUACUUCAGAUCUACUUGUACAUAUGGAUGUGAUGCAGGAUUCGAUAUUCCUGCAAAUCAACGGAGAGCUAAAGUGUGUCUGGCAUCAGGGACAUGGAAUGGAUACGAUCCAGAUUGUGUUGACGUUGAACCACCUUCCAUAGAACAAUGUCCAAAUACCUUAAUGUUCUAUCCUGGUAAUAACAAAGACACAGCCGUUAUCUUCUGGAACAGACCAGUUGUGGUAGACAAUAAAGACAAGGGAUUGGAACCUACACAAAUAUUAGGUCCACCACCAGCCUCCGAACAAGGAGUUAAUACGUAUACUAUCAAGUAUACAGUUCAAGAUUUAGCAGGCAACGAAGGGGAGGAGUGCUCAUUUGACAUUGUGAUUAAACAACUGAGAUGUCCUAAGUUAUAUCCACUUCCUUAUAUGAAGUUAAACUGUACAGGAACAAGGCGUGGUUCUGAAUGUUCUUUUUCAUGUCAAGAUAACUCAGUUUUAGUCGGUCAAAGAAAUACCUAUUGCAAAAGAAAUGGAGAAGAUCCCUACGCAAAAUGGGCUAUGGAUUACCAACCCUUCUGUGAAUUAUCUAACGGUUGUCCAGAUCUUACACCACCGGAUAAUGGAGCCAUUGCAUGUGAUGUAUGGGUUGGUGGUCGCUAUUGUCACCCCUUGUGUUCUCAGGGAUAUUCUGUUCUUUCUUCGUUACCAAAUUUCUUGAUUUGCCAGGACAAUGGCAUUUGGACAAACCACAACAAACUGAAGGACUGUUUUGAUACAUCAAACUCCAGACGUAGAUAUGUUACUAUGGAAGCUGAGUUCUAUUUCACGGGAAACUGCAACGAUCCAACAACUCAGGCCGAGAUAAAGGAAAAAUAUAUGACUGCAAUAACAAAUUCCAAUUCCUUUCUAGUAAAGAAAAUGUGCAUGACUCCUGAAUGCAAUAUUGGAAACGUCAAGGUAAUUUGUCCAACAACAUCAAAGAAAAGAUCAACAGAUAAUAUGAUUAUAAAUACAGACAUAUCUUUCGAGUCUGGAAAUGGUACACUAACAUCACAGCAAUAUGAAACUGAAGUGAAUACUUUUACUGAAUUUAUGAAUUCUCUAGAGACAGAACUAAAAUCAGACAACUUUACUCUCGUCAUAAAUGACCAGCAUGCUCAUCUUCUCGAAAUGACAGCAAACGACUUAGAACUAGAUUGUCCUGAUAAUUCUGUUCCUGUAUUCAGUACUAUAGUUGCCUGCGUGCAAUGCCCACCUGGUACAUUUUAUGACGGCAGUUCAAAAACCUGUAGUACCUGUUUCAGAGGUUCAUACCAACCACAUUCUGCUCAGGAUGACUGUACCCCUUGUCCCUUUACCCAAACAACCGCAAGAAUUGGAGCUAUUGAUGUAUUGGAGUGUGAAGAUGCCUGUAAGCCUGGAACCUGGUCUUUGACUGGUGUCCCACCAUGUGUAGAAUGUGAUGUUGGUUAUUAUGAGAGUAACUAUGGUUCUACGGUCUGUAAACAAUGUCCUGGAAAUUAUAUUACAUUGAUGGAAAAAAGUGACAAUGUGUCAUAUUGCGUUGAUUAUGAUGUUGUUUUCCCGAACAGCACAGAACCUGCCUACACGGAGCUGCAAAUUACUGAUAUUUCACUUCAAAAACCAUUUGUGGUGACUUUUCAUAUACAAUGUCAAACUACAUGUCAGGGAACGUUUUUUCGUAUGAUUUCUUCUGCAUCUGACCACAUAGAAUUGACUUCUAGUUUGUUUACUAUCAACACAAACACGCAUGUUGCUUUUGACAGUCUCGAAUUUUCAAAGAAAUGGUUUCACAUUUCAUUACAUAUUGGAAGAAAUAAGAGUUCCUCAUUUGUGGAUGGAGAAAUGCAUAAAGCAUAUGAAAACAACAUAGAGUUUUCUCAAAAUGUUGACUUAAAUAUUACUUUAGGAGGAGAUGACUUUAUAGGAGCCAUUUCACAGUUUAGCAUAGUUUCACAGCAGGAGUACACAAAUAAUGAACAUUUGUAUUCGAAAUGCGAUAGUGAAGGUGUGCCUUCUGGAAUCGUCAAUUGGAAUGAGUUUGCUUAUAGCAAUUUAAUAAAUGGCUACAUUAACAUCCCCUCCAAAUGUGAUGACUAUGAUGACUGUCAAAUAAAUCCUUGUGUGAAUGGAAACUGUACUGACAAACUUGGAGGAUACACUUGCGCUUGCGAUACUGGUUUUACGGGCAGUAAAUGUGAUAUAAAUAUUGAUGACUGUGUUGCACAUGCCUGCCAAAAUAAUGCAACAUGUAUAGAUGAAGUCAAUGAUUAUUCGUGUUCAUGUGACUAUGAGUAUACAGGAGAGUUAUGCGAAGUUGCAAUGGUUGACGGCAGUUGGUCUGACUGGGAUAACUGGACAGAAUGUUCUGCAAGUUGUGGUAACGGAACAAUCCAACGUCAACGGGCAUGCGCAGAUCCACUUCCAGAUAAUGGAGGAAAAGUAUGUGAAGGACCAGAUACAGAAAUUGAAGUCUGCAGCUUAGAACCUUGUAGAGAAUGCACAGAGCUAGUUGAACCAAGUAACUCUUCCUUGAUAUGUGUUAACAACAGCAACACAAUAACAUGUGUACUAAAUUGCGACGAAGGAUUUGACUAUGACCAUGAUGUGAAGGACGAAUAUGUUUGCGGAAACGAAACAUAUUACUACUGGGACUUUCAGACGAAUAAUAACCCGUAUGGUCGACUACCAUAUUGUACAGAGGUUGUUCAUUCAUUCAAAAUGCACGUUGAUCAUACAGCGCAUUACGACUUGGGGGGAUGUGAUACGCCAUCCACUGCUGAUAUCGAAAACAAAAUAACGGCUAGAAUUGAGUCAGCUACACAGCAACUUACAUGUGUGACAUCAAACAUGUGUACCAUGUCAAGCAAUGAGGUUAUAAAUUGCGGUAUUUCACGGAAGAAACGAGACACUAGCACUUUUGUUGGUUUUACAGUAAAAUUAACAUGUGAUACCACUACACACGGAACAGAGACCUGUUUUUACGCAUUAGAAGACGCUGUUAAAGAAUUAGAAGAACUGGAAAAUCGAAAUGAGUUAGAUCUUCCACACAAUAGUAUUAUAUAUAAAAUUGUACAGAAUAGUUCUUCAUCAGACGGCAGCUUAAAUUGUCCAUCCGGAACAAUUCCUUUUAUUGCAUAUUGCGUGCCUUGUAGCAUUGGUCAUUACUAUUCCAAUGACGAAUGUCUGUCGUGUGCUAUAGGAACAUAUCAAGAUCAAACCGGUCAAACGUUCUGUUUUUCAUGUCCUAAGGGAAUGACAACGGAAGGAACGGAUUCUGUAUCUAUUGAUGACUGUAAUGUACCUACACCAAUAUCUAGUGAGGAAAAUAAGUUAAGCAUUAUUUUGGCAGUGUGUAUCAGUAUCCCAAUCCUAGUCAUCAUAGUGAUUGUCAAUGUGGUAAUUUGUAGACAAAAUGGAAUUUUCAAAUCCUAUAAAAAGAGAUUUGAACAGAAUGAAAGCAAAAAAUUGAAAGGUAACUGUGAUAAAGUUGGCAAGCCUCGAAUGAACUCUAAAACAAUAACAACUAUUCAAAGUAGCUACUUUAGUAAUGAUGGAUUUGAAUUUGACACAAUCACGUUAGGAAUAAGCUCUCUGCCUCCCGUUAGCUAUUCUUUAUCCCCAACAAAACCGAGGCACGGCGAGGCAAAACAGAUUUCGAAUCUAUCGGAGGAUGAACAUUGGCGGCCAAUUCAGCGGAGAGAAUGUUGGACACCAGAACCUAUGAAUAGCAUUGAAGUUGAUUGUUGAUAAUAAAACGAUAUUACAUCAGCUGAUAUCAAAAUAAUAGUUCGUCUGAACAUUUCGUUUAAAAAUAAUUCUUCUUCGUGUUGCUGGACAUCAUUAGUCGUUUAUGUUACAUAUUUUUGUUUUCAAAUGGUAAAUAAAAUGUUUAAACAAGA